AUGACCAAGCCAUCAUUUACAAAUUUAUUUCACUCUGCAGCUGCCAAGGCUAAAAAACCACAAACAUCAUCACCAUCAAAAAAACCGCUUCCUUUAAAAGUUGUUGCUGCGGAUGCAGAUUAUGUUGAUACAUCAAGUAGUCGUAGCACAGAAGAAAUGAAGCCAUUAACGUUGUCUGGAGGAAAGAUAGUUUUUGGCUAUUCUCAAAGCAACAGACCCUUUGCGAAGUUGGAAGUUCAUCCAGAAAAAAUUGAUUGCUUUUUAAAGUCAUCGGGGCAAAGUUAUGUAAAAGUAGAUUUUAAACGACAAAAUAUCAGCAAAUUUUGGUACAGCUGUACGAGGAACGCCUUAGGAUUUGUUUACAGCUCAACUGUUAAAAGUAUUCCACCAGAGGAUUUCAAUAGCGGUGGAGUUUGCUUUCAAUUUGACGUAAAAUAUAAACCUAUUACUUUUAAAAAGAUAACAGAUUUACUUAAAGUUGAUGCAAUAGCAGAAAAAGAUAAUUUUACAGAUGCACAGUGUAAUGUUCCCGGAGAACGCUUUGACCCCGAACAAUUUAUGCAACAAGUGAAAGAAAAGCCAAAGCAAAAUACAACGAAGCGAAAAAAAACUAUAACAGAUGAUGACGAGGAAGAAGAGGAGCCACCAGCUGUACAAAUUAAGAAAUCACAUAAUCACAACAACAGUAGAACAGUUUUAUCACCAGAGGAAAAAGAAGAUGAAGCUGUUCAAGAAACAAAAAUUGUGCCAACAAAGAAAAAGAAAAAACAAGAACUAUCUGACACAGAAUUCACACCUGAAAAAAGUAGCGACGAAUCUGACACCGAAAUUAUUAAGAGAAAUUCCACCAUGGUGACAAGGUCUCAAUCUGCUUUAACGCCACGCCAAGACGAGGAUCGAAUUUUGCUGAAAAAAUAUAAUAUUGACAUAACCGUUAGAGAUAUUUCUCGACUGGAACCAGAAGAGUUUCUCAAUGACAACAUUAUUGAUUUCUACAUAAGUGAUCUAAACAACAAAUUUAUGGACGAGAAGGCAGACAGGGUGAAGAACGAUUUUUAUAUUUUCAAUACCCAUUUUCAUCCGCUCCUGAAAAGAGACGUUUCAAGAGCUGCAACCAAAAUUGCGAAGAAUGUGAAAAUCUUUGAGAAAAAACUUGUAUUUAUUCCUAUCUGUGAACACGUUCAUUGGUCUCUCAUUGUUAUUUGUAACCCCAAUGGUAAACUUGUUAAACCUGAUAAAAAAGAUCCAAAUAAGAAGUUUCCACCUGAUGCAAGAAUGAUCAUGUACUGUGACUCUUUAGGUGGAGUCAUUCCAACAAGCAUAACCAAACGUGUGAGAGAUUUCUUAACAAAGCGAUAUGCCUUUGAAUAUCCAGAUUCGAAUUCUUCCUUCUCAGCAGACAACUUUCCUGCUUCAAAAGCGAAUUUACCGAAACAAGACAACCACUGUGAUUGUGGCGUUUUUAUGAUCCACUAUAUUGAAAUGAUGAUACGACACGAAAUUGAUUCCUUACCUAUUGACAAUGUUGAUUUUUUCCGUGCUGAAGAUAUUCCUGCUAAACGAAAGAGCAUCAAAACCUUAAUUGAAUUCGAAAUACAACAACAGGAACAAAUGGCUCAACCUCCUCAUGAUCCUUCAUUUAAUAGCCAAUCUGAUUCCAUCUUAAUGGCGUCACAACUCUCUGCAUUGGAAAAUGUUCACAAAGAACUUCAAGACAAUACCGAACUGCCCGAUGAAGAUCUUUUUCGAGAUGAGGUCUUGAGGAGAGAUGACGAGAGUCAAUGA